UACGGCACGUACGGCGCUUCCCGGCCAGGAGGAAGCUCUGCCGCCAACGGAGCCAGCUCGGGUGCCGGAGGUGGAGGAGGAGCCGGCUCGCGGAGCACAGGCGGUACGGCAGGCGCUGGCGGGGCCUCACGCGGGGGUGCCAGCAGCGGUACGGCAGGCGGCGGUUUCGGAGCCGCCGGUGGUGGCGCCGGCGCCUACCGUCGCGGUGCCCCGAGUGGAGCGAGGCCGGCGCCUGCGGCCGCCGGGCGCAAGUGGUGGGAGGGCGCCGGGGAUGACUCGGAGGAUGAGGACCAGGACUCGUUCAACUUUUAGGCAGGAUUGGGGCUCGCAGGGGCUUGUGUGUGGGGGGGGGGGCUACGGCGUGCCGUCGUGUGGCGGGGCACGCCUGGGAUAGCGCUUGUAGGAGAAAGCGUAGCGGGAUGUGGUGUAGAUAAGGAUAUGUUAGGGUGGAGCGCGGGAAUGUUUCUUUGGACUACUGCUUCCAAGGGUGCCGGACGUUUUAGCGUCAUUUACUGUGCUGCAGUUCUCACGAUGCUGAUGCAUGCGACCCUCAUGUGUGCAGGCAUGUUACGGGGCAGGCGUUUACUGUCGUGGAAAUAACUUUUUACUUUUACUCAUUGCGCACAUGCAGCUUCCAGGAUCGGUCGCUUUGUGCUCCAGACAUAUUAGGUUGCAGGUCGCUGUGCAGGAUAGCUAGCAUGUGUGUGCUGCGUCCGGGCUGCGAGCAAGCGUAGGUAGAGGGCAGCUGUUACCGAAGUAGGGUCUUUGCAAGACCACGUUAGGUGCAAGCAGGAUCUAGUGCAGUGUUUCCCAGCCGGAUGCCAUUCCUUGACUAGCCUGUUUCUGUUAUAGUUGACUCGUGCGAUCUAGGUUAAGUGUUUUUCCAUUACAUGCCGCGUCGCCGCCAGUUAGGGGCAGUUUUGGCCGUUUAGCUUAGUAAGGGCACUGCAUACCCCGCAUGUUACGGUCACGUUUUUCUGCCAGCUACGAAGUAAGGCCGGCGUGAAGGGUUGUUCACUUCGUCAAGGGAUUGCGAGC